AUGGAAACUUUUGACUUUGUUCAUUUGAGCAUGAUGUUUUCUGCAUUCACCGAGUUACAAUGGUCUGAGUUGAUCAAUGAUGUUGUUAGAGUUUUAAAAUAUGAUGGUUGGAUAGAAUCUUCAGAAGCAAUUCCUCAAUUUAUAAAUUGUGGGAAGGUUACAAAAUACAUAGAAGAGGCUGUUCAUAUAGCCUGCAUGAAAGAAAAAGGUGUUAAUCUUAGUAUUAGUGCUUUGUUGCCAAAAAUGCUUGAAUCAAAUGAGAUGCUUACAAAUAUACAAUGUGUUAAAGUAGAAUAUCCAAUAGGAGAAUGGUUUGGAUGUUUUGGUAAAUAUUCAAUUAUCAAUAUUCGUAGAUUUUACCAAAGUAUUGUUUACCUUCCUGAAUAUUUGGGUAUAACUUAUGAAGAAUAUAAUGAUAUAUUGGACACCUUUGUUAAAGAA